GCCUCGUGUGGGUGACCUUCGGUGAACCCGAGGCGGGUCUGCCGGCGGCACCACCUGUCCCGGCUGAGGGAGGGGAAAGAGAGCGGAACACUCUGAGGCGAAGCUGGGAGCCACCACCGGCCUCGGACCCUGCCCGGCGCUCCUUCUCCUCCUAGCGCCGGAGCAACCAGCCUCGCGCGCGCCCUGCCGGGCACUGAAAAGCGCCUGGGUUGGGCGAGGCGGACCCUCGAGAAAGGGGCGGGGCCAGCAAGCAGCAGGUGCGCGCGAGCUGCCCGCCUCCCCGCCGCGUGACGCCUGUCUCCCCCUGCAGGCGGCGAGCGCAGGACCCCCCGACGCCACACCGCGCCGCCGACCAUGGCGCAGCUGAGGCGAGCGGGCAGCCGCGCGCUCCUCCGCUCCCUUUCCUAGCCGCGCCUGAGGGAGGGAAAGCGGCGGCGGCAGCUCCACGAGAUGGGCGCUUCUCGGGGCCCCCGCCGGCCGGGCCCCUGGCUGGCGCUGCUGGCUUGGCUUCUGCUGCUUUUGCCCGGCGACGUCUCCUUCGCCCUGUCGGAAAGCGGAGCGCCCGAGCCGGCGGCGAUGCUGGGCGUCAGCCCCACGCCCGGGGCGGAGACCCCUGCGCCUGCGCCGCCCAGCGGGACCCCCUUCGAGGAGACCAGGCUGCACGUCUUCACCUUGGAUUACCUGCACGUGAGGGUGCCCUUCGAGAUCACCCUGUGGAUCCUGCUGGCUUCUUUGGCCAAGAUCGGUUUCCACCUGUACCACAAGCUGCCCCACGUAGUGCCAGAGAGCUGCCUCCUUAUUCUGGUUGGAUUAAUUCUAGGUGGAAUUAUGUUUGGAGUACAAGAAAAGUCUAUAACGGUGAUGAACAGUGACGCCUUUUUCUUGUACCUUCUGCCCCCAAUUGUCCUCGAUGCCGGCUACUUUAUGCCAACACGCCUCUUCUUUGAGAACUUCGGCACCAUUUUAUGGUACGCGGUUGUAGGGACUCUUUGGAACGCAUUUGGCAUCGGCAUUUCGCUCUUUGCCAUUUGCCAGAUUGAAGUAUUCGGCCUGAGCGAUAUCACUCUGCUGCAGAGCCUGCUUUUCGGCAGCUUGAUUUCAGCCGUGGAUCCCGUGGCAGUGCUGGCUGUUUUUGAAAACAUUCAUGUCAACGAGCAGCUGUACAUCCUAGUUUUUGGGGAGUCGCUGUUGAAUGAUGCUGUAACGGUGGUCCUGUACAACCUCUUCAAGUCUUUCUGCAAGAUGCGUACAAUUGCGGCUGUUAGCAUAUUUGCUGGAAUUGCUAAUUUCUUUGUAGUUGGAAUUGGCGGAGUUUUGAUUGGAAUUGUUAUGGGCUUUGUAGCAGCUUUUACAACACGUUACACCCAUAAAAUCAGAGUGAUUGAACCACUGUUUGUCUUCUUGUACAGUUACCUGGCAUACAUAACAGCUGAAAUGUUUCAUCUCUCAAGCAUUAUGGCGAUUACAGCUUGUGCCAUGACCAUGAGUAAAUACGUGGAGGCGAAUGUUUCUCAAAAGUCCUACACCACAAUAAAGUACUUCAUGAAGAUGCUGAGCAGUGUCAGCGAGACCCUGAUCUUUAUUUUCAUGGGCGUGUCCACAGUUGGAAAAAACCAUGAGUGGAACUGGGCCUUUGUUUGCUUUACCCUCCUGUUUUGUUUGAUUUGGCGUGCACUAGGAGUUUUUGCAUUGACUCAAAUUAUUAAUGUAUUCCGGACAAUUCCUAUAACAUUUAAGGACCAGUUUAUAAUUGCCUAUGGAGGCCUCCGAGGAGCCAUAUGUUUCUCUCUUGUUUUCUUGCUUCCUUCUGCCGACUUCCCUAGAAAGAAGCUUUUCAUUACCGCUGUUAUUGUGGUGAUAUUCUUCACAGUCUUCAUUCAGGGAAUAACAAUUCGCCCACUGGUGGAAUUUCUGGAUGUUAAAAGAGCAAAUAAGAAGCAACCAGCUGUUAGCGAGGAAAUUUAUUGUCGGUUCUUUGAUCACGUGAAAGCUGGAAUUGAAGAUGUGUGUGGACACUGGAGUCACAACUUUUGGAGAGAUAAGUUUAUAAAGUUUGACAAGAAAUACUUGCGAAGGCUUCUGAUUAGGGAAAGUGAGCCCAAAUCAAGUAUAGUUUCCCUGUACAAGAAACUUGAAAUAAAGCAUGCGAUAGAGAUGGCAGAGUGUGGAAUGAUAAGUACGGUACCAUCGCUGGCUUCUAUAAGUGAACUUAAAGAAGAAGAAGAAGAAGAAAUAAGACCUUCCUAUCCUGCCAAGAUGGAUGACAUAAGAUACAUUUUAACAAAAAAUCUCUAUCAGAUACGGCAAAGAACUCCAUCAUACAACAGAUACAGUCUUGCUGAAGAUGCAAGCGAAAAGCAGGCAAAAGAAAUUUUGAUUCGUCGCCGACACAGCCUGAGGGAGACCGUGAAGAGGGGCAGCAGCUUGUCAAGACAGGUGGCAGCCAAACCACCCCGUUAUCUGUCACUGCCUAAAAACACUAAACUCCCCGAGAGAGUACGGAAAAGAAAUCAAUCUUCUUAUAAAGUACCGGACGACAGCGAUUCUGAAUCUGAUCAAAGCACAGUGCUGAAUUUGAAAUCCCAAGCAGGAAAAAUUCUGAGAGACCAGAGGCUUCAACAGCAGCAGUGGAGGAUGGAAUGGAAAAAUGAAACGGAGAGGAACAACAGAGAGACAGCAAGCCAGGGAAACAGAGGCUUCAGACAACCACUUUUGCCAAGGCCAGCAUUUGGCGCACUGAACGAGGAAGAGUCAGCGGAAGAUGAAGGACCCGCCAAACCACUCCCACCGCCUCGUUUAAUCCGACAGGCUUCCAAAAGGCCUAGUGAUAAAUCCGAGAAUAAACCAUAUUGAAAGCUGCUAAAUGGAGCCAUUAACAAUGAACAGCAGUGGGAGGCACUUUAAACUGGACAGAUGGAGCCAUUUAAGUUCAUGGGUACUGGUUGGGGAUGGGAGGGAAAGAAAUCAUGUUAUUUCACGACGUGAAAAAAACAAAAAACUCUUCACCUUCUGUGGAACCAAAUAAUGCAACUAUUUUGUUUUAUAUUUUGUUUUUAAACUUCUGCGAUGAAGAUAAGUUUUAUUAGUUACAGUACUUUUGAAUGUAAAUUGUGUUUUGUUUGCCAGUGGCAGGUUUGCAGUAUAAGUUGCACUAAGAAAUUGCACAAUGCACUUCUUUUUAAAAGAAUUCAUCCUCAGAAAGCAAUUCUAAGAGUGCCUGAUGCACUGAAACACAAUUAGGUGUUGCGAAACUGUGAAACUGAACAAAUGCAAGAGAUUAAGGCCGCAGUACAGCCUUUAUCAUUUUGCCCAUGCAAUAUGGAAGUUGCUUCUGAAACCCAAAUUCUAACACUAUGUAAAGAUGUAAAUGGAAAAGCUUUUGUUUCUAUUGCCAUGCUUUUUACUGUAAUAGAAAAGUGGUAUGCAUUGUCAGAAAUGCCCCUCUACUUGAUAAUUCCAACAACUCUUUGGAUUUAGUUGUUGAAACUUAUCACUUGAAAUAUAUUAAUUUAUAUAUAUGCACUUUUCUGGAGCAUUUUGUCAUUUUUGUCUUAAACCUACAAACCUUGAACAAAUAAGUAAAUGAGCUCAUGAUUGGAUAGUCACCUCAAUACAUUGUUUUCAGUCCAAAAUUGUUUCGUUUAUUGACUUCAAAAUUGAAUUUGAUCCUCUCAGUAGGUUUUAUGGAUCUGGAUUUUAUUUCACGGAAAAUACAGUUACAUUUGCUUAAUAAAUGAAAAAGAUCUAUCUACAGAAUGGCAAAGUGUGAAAUGAGGCAUAAAUUGGAUUGGGCUAUGAAAAAAUAUGAUUUUGACAAACAUUUCCCAAGCAGUUCUAAUAGCAUAAUACAUCUUUAUUUGGAGGUAAAAUGGCUAGUUUCUUUCCUGGGUUUGUGCUGCAAUGCUUUGAAAGCAGAACUGCCAAAGUAAUGCCUAAUCUCUAGUGCCAUCUGUUGGAAGGUAUAAAACACAACUUUCUUUUCAGUUUGCUCUCUACCAACACAGAAUACUUCAUGUUUAUACAAAAAUUAUGACAUCAGCUAACAGUGAUUAAAAGCUCUGUGAGAAGAGUUGAUCGUUUGGAGACACGGUCCUGUACAUACUUACCUUGGAGUAAGCCCCACUGAAGAUUGCAGAGUAAUGUGGGUAGUUUAUGCCUCGCAUAACAAACUAAUAUUUGAGGAACUAGGCACCGUGACAAAGUGAGGAAGUCCAAACUCUAUAUAAAAUGGAGAUUCAUCAUUGGGCAAUAUACAUGUAAUGUAACUAUUUAUCAUUUAGUACAAAAAUGUUUGUGAUUUAUAACAUGGCUAAACUACAAGGCUUGCCACCACCACAGGGCUCUCGACACAAUCACCUCAAACAGCCUUAGGAGUGGUUGGUAAUGGUGUGAAAACUCCAACUGAUAAUCCAUAUAGCAAGUUGUUCUACAAGUGCCCUUUUAAAAUGUGGGGGGUUUUUUUUGGGGGGUGUUAUUGGGUUGUUUUUAUUUUGAUUAUAUAUUUUUGUGGUUUUAUAUUUUGAUUUUGUUCUGUGCACUACUCUGAGACCUCCAGGUAUAAGGCGGUAUAUAAAUUCAAUUAUUAAUUUUAUUAAUAGUGUAAACAUUUCACAAGUGUAAAUACUCAACACAUGGAAGCUGUUUGGAACAGCCUCUGUGUGGGAUGUGCAAUUUAUAGACCAGCAAUUAUUUUGGCUGGAAUAAUGAGCAAAUAGAAAACAAUAACUGAAGACAAGCAGAAAAGGCAGACAUUCUUUUCCCUUUUAUUUCCGGUUACCAAGAUUGUUAUGUAACUCCAAGAGCUCUUAACUUUCAAGAGAACAAUGCAAAGCCAUUGUAAACUGCCUUCAAACAAAGUACAAUGCAUCCCUGAGGGACUCUUUUUACGGAUGUUCUUUGUCCCAAAUGCUCUACAGAUAUGAAAAAUGAUUCCUAAAUAUUUAUUCUGCUACAUCAUGUAAGUAGUUGUUUUCUGAGCUCGCAGUUUCAAAAGAAACUUUGCAGACCAGUUUUGAACUGUGAGCAGGUAAAUGUUCAUAUGCACAUUUCCCUAGGAAUGAGCCUCUUCCUGGACGGCACUAAAGCAAGCAAAGGUUCCUAAGAACAGAAUGCAUUUACGCUUGGGCAGAGGUACUUAACCAGCUCCCAGCUCACCACCUCUUUGCUCUGAUCCCCAUCUCACCACAGCUACUCUCACAUGCUUUGAAAUUCUAGCCUUAAAUUUUAUGACAAAUGCAACUGGACUUUCAUUUGGAGGGUGUGGAGAGUAAAAGCGGAAGAGGUGCAACCUGGAGUGCAAAAGCAGCAAGCAGAAAAAAUGUUCAACAUCAUCCCUUGCCAACUAGCUUUUCGGGAUGGUGAGGCCAUCAAGGUUCAUUUCCUUGCUUUUGCGUGCAAUAUGUAGUUAGGCCCUAAAUAAAUACGCUUAGAAUUGCAGCCUUAGUACAGAUGACAAUUCUAUCUUGCCUGUUUUGUAAAUGCAUCACAUUUUAUUCUUAUCUGUUUUAUUAAAUGAGUGCAGCCUACCAAGCGUUCUUGUUUUUGCUGCCUCCCUCAGAUUGCAGUCUACAAUAUGCAUUAAUCUUAGUGGGACCAAGUUGUACAAGCCUGUGCCAGUGCCAUUUUAACUAAAAAGCAGGCCAUAUUUCAUUAUAUUUCAGCUGGAGUUGAUUGGACAAUUGUUUCUAUUUCAAGCAGCUGACCAAAGAUGGAUGAAUACAAAACAGGGACAUCACUAUCUAUAUAUUUUUGAAGCAAGCUCCAUCUACUUGUUUUCAAAAAGGCAUACCGUUAGUUUAAGGUUUGUGGCUCUUGAGGUUUGAGUUACAUGUAAUACAGAUUCCAGCUUCAAUGCUCUCAUGUUACAGCACAUUAUUACACUUGGUACGAAACCAAUGCUCCUGACAAACCUGACCAGGUAAUUCCUCCAAGCCCCCAAACUCAACAACAAAAUUGCCGCCAAGCAAGUUAAAACUCUCUUUUAAAUAUGUGGCCGCCGUCACAAGCCUCCUUUAAGGAUGUCUGCUGCAGAGAGCAGCCUUUCCCCAUUCCUGUACUAUUUCAAGUAUAAAGGAAACAUGCAUUCCUUGAAACACAACACUUCGGUAAACCACAAUAAAGAGGAACCGACUUGCUUAGGAUGUCCUGUAGCAAAGGAGGAGGUAGGAAACUCCUUGAAAACCCCCAAUAUGGACUCUUCCUGCUUUUGAGUCUUUGCUGCAGCUUUGCUGAUGACCCUGAGUGGUAGUAUUCUUCUCAAGUCGAAAGCACAUUUGUCAUUAAGGUCCCCUUCCCCAGUAAGUGUUCAGUGUUAGAAUUGUUUCAAACCAAGAUGGCACAACUAGUAGAACACCACCUUUAAUAAUUGCAUGUUAACUAAAGAUUCAUUCCUCUGCAAACAUAUACAAGGACCACAGCCCUGCAGAAAGUCCAGACCUUGCCCUGCAUCUUUUGGCAACGAUGUGUGAGGCUUGAAGGAAGUCUGCCCCACAUUUUGAGAUCUAACUGGACCACAGCAGAAAUGGAUAACACCUCUUCCAUUCUCCUUUUUUCUUUUGGAAUGACACCAGAUACCUGGAGUCAGGCUCUAGUCCUAUUGUCAUACUUGUUUUUAAAAAACCUACACCAGGAUUUUAAUCACAAUUUUAAAUUAUUUGAAUAGAUGUAAUGUUCAGCAACUUUCCCUUUGCACUACAACCAGCAAGAUUUCUUAUUAGCUGUGUGAAUUAACGCCUCUUCACCAGCCUCAAAUUUACCUGUUAAGUUUACUGGUCAGGAUGAAAUAUAAGGGAACUGUUCUUUCCUUGACGCUAUAGUGUUUCGUUAUAAAGCGUCCCAACAACAGUCCUC